AUGUUGUCAAAGACUAUUUCCAAUUUCUUCAGCUCUACCAAGCCCUACGUUUGGAUUAACAAGCACACUAAGGUUAUUUGCCAAGGUAUCACUGGUAACCAAGGUACUUUACACACUCAACAAGCUCUUGAAUACGGUACUAAGAUGGUUGGUGGUGUCAAUCCUGCUAAGGCUGGUCAAACCCACUUGGGCUUACCCGUUUUCAAGAACUGCCAAGAAGCCAAGAAAGUCACCGGUUGUGAUGCUUCCGUUAUCUACGUUCCUCCCCCUCAUGCUGCUAAGGCUAUUAUGGAAGCUAUUGAAGCUGAAAUUCCCUUGGUCGUUGUCAUCACCGAUGGUAUCCCAUAACACGACAUGGUCAAGGUUAAGCACGCUCUUAGACAACAAAAGAUUACCAGAAUUAUUGGUCCCAAUUGCCCUGGUAUCAUUAAGCCCAACGAAUGUAAGAUUGGUAUUAUGCCCGGUUACAUUCACAAGCCUGGUAAAAUCGGUAUCGUCUCAAGAUCUGGUACUUUGACUUACGAAGCUGUUGACUAAACUACUAAGGCUGGUUUGGGUCAAUCUACCGUCGUUGGUAUUGGUGGUGAUCCUUUCAACGGUACCAAUUUCAUCGAUGUCCUCGAAAGAUUCGUUGAAGAUCCCGAAACUGAAGGUAUUUUAUUAAUUGGUGAAAUCGGUGGUGAAGCUGAAGAACAAGCUGCUGCCUGGUUGAAGGCUAACAAUAAAACCAACAAGCCCGUUGUUUCUUUCAUUGCUGGUGUUACUGCUCCUCCUGAGAGAAGAAUGGGUCACGCUGGUGCUAUCGUUUCUGGUGGUAAGGGUUCUGCCACUGAAAAGAUCAAGGCUUUAGAAUCUGCUGGCAUUAAGGUCUGCAGAUCUCCUGCCACCUUAGGUCAAGAAAUGCUCAACCUCAUGAAGGUCCAUAAGAACUGA